AUGUCCCAGUAUAUCCUCGUCACUGGUGGUGCAGGCUACAUUGGCUCCCACACCGUCGUUGAGUUGAUCCAGUCAGGCUACAAGGUCGUGAUUGUGGAUAACUUGGUCAAUUCCAGUUACGAUGCAGUUGCCAGAGUUGAAUACAUUGUCCAGCAGCCUGUUCCUUUCUUUAAUGUCGAUAUCGCAGACUAUGACGGUCUUUUGAAGGUCUUCCAAGAAUACGAUAUUGGUGGUGUCAUUCAUUUUGCAGCCUUGAAGGCCGUGGGUGAAUCCACAAAGAUUCCAUUGGAAUACUACGAGAAUAAUGUUGGAGGAACUAUCAAUUUGCUCAAGGUGAUGAAGAAAAUGAAUGUCAAAUCCAUAGUAUUCAGUUCCUCCGCCACCGUGUAUGGUGAUGCCACGAGAUUCGAGAAUAUGAUACCAAUUCCCGAGCAUUGCCCCAAUGACCCAACCAAUCCAUAUGGUAAGACCAAGUACGUGAUUGAAAACAUCUUGCACGAUCUUUACAAUUCGGAUAACACUUGGAGAACUGCCAUUUUGCGUUACUUCAACCCUAUUGGUGCUCACCCAUCUGGUCUCAUUGGUGAAGAUCCAUUGGGUAUUCCAAACAACUUGCUUCCUUACUUGGCUCAAGUGGCUAUUGGCAGAAGGGAGAAGCUCUCUGUUUUUGGAAACGACUACAAGAGUCAUGAUGGUACUCCCAUCAGAGACUAUAUUCACGUGGUGGACUUGGCCAGAGGUCACAUUGCUGCGUUGGACUACUUGAAGAACAUUGACAAAGAGAAGGGACUCUAUCGCGAGUGGAAUUUGGGUACUGGAAAGGGAUCUACAGUCUUUGACGUUUACAAUGCCUUCUGCAAAGCUGUAGGUCGAGAGUUACCAUAUGAGAUUGUCGGAAGACGUGCCGGAGAUGUCGUGGACUUGACCGCUAACCCGACGAGGGCCAACACAGAACUUCAAUGGCUGGCAAAGUUCUCUAUCGAUGAAGCCUGUAGAGACUUGUGGAAGUGGACCACGGAGAAUCCAUACGGAUACAAAACGGAGAAUUACUCCUGGGAAUACUUUGGCGAGGAUGCUUCCGAAAGCAGAAAGCACACAGUGAAGUUCCCGGAACUCGAGGUUUCCAUUGUCAACUACGGAGCCACAAUUCAGAACAUCAAGUGGAAGGGUCAUAAGUUGGUGAAUGGCUUCGACACCUUAGAAGGUUACAAACUGACCGAAAAUCCAUACUUUGGUGCUACAAUUGGCCGUGUUGCUAACAGAAUUGGUCAAGGAAAGUUCUCAAUUGGAAAGAACGCCUACUCGGUGAGUCAGAAUGAGAAUGGCUCUACCAGUUUGCAUGGAGGACUGAAUGGGUUCGACAAAAACUACUUCUUGGGUCCUGUGGUGAAGCAAACGUCCGAAGGCGGAAUCACCUUAGACUUUGUCUACUUGGAAAAAGAUGGCUCAAAUGGUUACCCUGCUGAUUUGGUAACGUAUUUGAGAUACUCCAUCGAUAAGUCUUCCAUUGAACUUGACUUUGAAGCUGUGAUCCCAGACUCUUCCAAAGCAUCUGCAACUCCAGUCAAUCUCACGAACCACUCAUAUUUUACUGUUUCAGAUGCUUCAACUAUUGAAGGAACGGUUGUCAAAUCUAUCUCUAACGAGUACUUGGAGAUUGAUGACUUGAUGAUUCCAACCGGAAAAGUUGCAAAGUUUUCCGAAACUUUAUUAUCCGGAUUAAAACUUAAGUCAGUGGAUGCUUUCGACAACUGCUUAGUAGUAGAUAAGGAUGGCUGGAAAUUGGAUACAAGGGAAGACGUGCUGAGAUUGGUAUUUGAGGCCACCAAUCCAGAGACCAACGUCGGAAUUCAAUUUUACACUACAGAACCUACCUUCCAGUUUUACACUGGAGACGGUGUCCAGGCCGAAGGAUUCCUGCCUAGAUGUGGAUUCUGUAUUGAGCCAGGACGAUACACUGACGCUAUUAAUAAUGAAAAAUGGACCCCUCAGGUUCUUUUGGAGAAGGGCCAGAAGUAUGGCUCCCAGAUCAAGUACGCUUUUGUAUAG